AUAAAUAAUAGUUUAAAAUAACUAACAAAAUACGCUUUGAUAGAAAAUCCAACACGUGAAGCAAAAACUGUGUACCCCUUUUUACACAAAUUGCGCUAACGGAGGAGUAUGAAAUUUUCCACUCUUAUAGAGAAUAUAGAAUAGAAGUGCAGAAUGCUAAUAUUUCAAAAAAAUUAUGGAUUAAGAUACAUUAAAUCAAUAAAGAAUACAUUACACACACUACCAUGUAUUUGACACACAGACACGCAUAUUAUAUACUCUUUGUUUAUUGUCAAACUUUUGUUAUUGCUUAAAGUCUGUAGUCAGAUUGAGAAUAGGUCAAUAUUGUUUAUUUUUAAUAUUACGAGUAUUUGUCUAUAGUGUAGUCUUGGCGAAAUCUAUAACAAUAAAACCAUAUUAAUGUUGAAACUUAUAAUUUCAAUUAAUUAUUGUCGAAUUUCGACUACUGUGGGACUACUAGUUUUGAUAAUAUCCUGAAAAGCAGCUCACGAUUUUUACAAUAAAAUAUUUUUUUCUUACACUAUUUUUAAUUCAAAUUUGUUAAAAUUUAUUUUCUAUUUUUUGAGUUGGAUUUUCUAUAAAAGAGUAUUUAGUUAGUUUUUUUAAACUAUUAUUUAUUUAUUUUUCUUUAAAAUACACGAAAACAAAUCGCAUGUUUACAUAAUUACGGUCCUGAAUUUCCUUGUCAACUUCAUUAAUGCAUUCGUGAACUUAUCAAUGAUCAUUACGAAUUCAUAUUAUUAAUGAGACUAAUUUAAAGUUAAAUCGCGAAUGGCUGGCUUUAUCGAUAAGCGAAACACGCGAAAGCUACGGUAGGCGGGAAGCCGGCAGACGCCGUAUGGCCGACCGCGGCAAACAUCGCGUCGCGCCCGUCCCGGCGCCGGCCCGUAAGCAGUACGCGUACGUGCCGUGCCCGAGGUCCGAGGAGGUCGGCACGGAGUUCGCGCUCCAACUCCUCAAGAACUACCACGAUGAACCAGAGACGCCAAGGAAAAUCGUACAUGAACGAUGUGGUCCAGUUCUCGGUGGAGGCACCGGGCCGGAACCAGAACCCCCACAGCCCCUGGUCACGCGGGAGCCGACAGUGUCGCUCAUGCGGUGGGACCGGCCUACACCAGCUACGACCGAGCGACGACGCACCGAGCCCGUCUCCCUGGCCACUCUGGAGAAAGACUGCUUCGUCAUACCAGCGCACGCUCUUGACCGGUUCCUGCCAGAGGGUGUACCGCUCCCGAUGCCGGCUCCUACACCAGAAAAAGGCAUGACAACAAAGUCUGGCCAGAGCUCAUUAAGCAUAUUAGAGAUAGCCGACCCCAAACUUUGCAUAUUGGCUCACUUAAUGAGCCCUUUGGAGCCAAUAGAACCGAUAUUAGAAUCGCCGCUUACCAAACCUUUGAUCAAACAGAAAAUUGCUGCAGCAGAACUCUUGAGCGAAGUUGCCCAAGCCAACACGGCUGUGGGCGGUAUGCUAUUGGCCAAUAUGGAGAAAAACGCAGAAUUCCCUUUUAUAGCUUACUACGUAAUUAACACAACGCAGACUGACCCGUUAUUGUUUUACAACAAUAUGAGAUCUGCUUCUUUGACCAAGUUCGAUCCAAAGACAAUUAGAUAUUCGGCAGCUCACACGUUAGACCUCUACAGUGAAGUCGCAAUGAUAUGUCGGCCGCCAUUCACGGAUCUAGCCGGUGGACCAAAGAAAUCACAGACCUCUACAACUGGAUUUAUCAUUAGUGUUUAUAAGGUAUUCGAAGGCGAUGACGGGGAACGCUUCGAACGCAACUGGCUUUACUGGACCGGUGCUCGCAUGCUCUACCGACACCUCCCGAACACCGUUGGAAUGCGAAAGAUCGCUCUCCACAAAUCAGUGGCCGCACACGGAGACAAAAUGUACCUAUUGGUUUGCGAGUGUGCCAACUUGUUAGACGACUUGUCGGGUGCUGCGAUGCUUAUAACUGCUUUAAGGGCGCGACUGUGCGGAUACACCGGUCUUUACAGGCCCAUACAGACUUUCUAGUAGAAGGGUCAGGCCUCUGUGGCCUGAGAUGUGUUCUAUUAAGAGACACGAAGAGUGCAAUUUAAUGAGAUCAAUUAUAAAAUAUAAAAUUGAACGACAACAUGAAAAAAUGCGUUUCGCUCGUAACAAGUCUCUAAAUAAACAUGGACAUAAAUUGGACCAAAAUAAAUAAUAAAAUAUUUGAAACGUAUUUGAAGAACGUACCUACGUAAGGGAACUCGUGUUCUCCGCUUAGAUUUACUUAUAGUGUAUACGUCAAAGAACCAGUAUACCUAUUCACAAUAAUAGUGUAAAGGUUGAACUAAGUCAGAGCUGUUGAAGUUAAAUCAGUGCCUAUACAAGAGUACCACGAUGCUUAAGAGUAUGUGGCGUAAUGAAAUCAACAUUUUCAUCAGCCAUGUGCGAAUAAGUUAGAUCAGUUAGACGGUGGUGUCAUUCGUAACGGUUUCAAUAGACAAUAAAUACCGCAUGUAGCUCAGCUGUGCGAGAAUCCGUACUCUUUUCAGCUGUGCGAAAGUUAGAUAGGGUUCCUAUCACACAUCUUUUUUAUUUUUAUUUAACAUAAACUCGCUUUCUAGCCGCCUUUUCCUCGCAUCUCUGGUUAAAACGCCAUCUUAACUUUAGGAUUUGACAAAUAAUUUAUUUAAGCGCGUUUAAAUCAUUGUCAAAUCCAUGAGCAUGAUUGAUUUUUCUCAAACGCCCAACGCAAAGGGUUAUUUCAAUUUCAAUUCAAUAAAAUGAUUCAAUUAAUUCGUUCUCUUUUUCAAUGUAUACAAAAUUCUAAUUCAGUGUACCCACUUUGUCAGCACCUAUGAGUAUUGUUAUCUGCAUCAAAAAAUGUGAACGAUUAAUUUAGAGAACCACCAAUUCAAUAAGUACUUUUGAUAUAAUCAAAUCUAACCAUAUAAAUUCGGUUAUGUCUUCCAUGAAUUUAAUAGAGUUAUAGCUUUGUAAAAAGUUUAAUUUAUUCAUUUUUAGCAUAUCUCUAAACAUAUCGAAAUUUUCAUUCUAAAUUAACACGUUAAGUAAUAAAACACAACCUGUAUUGUUUAAAAUAGAUAAAUUUUGAAUUUAUUACAAUCAUUUAUAAUUUAUUACACCUUUUUAUAUUUUUUACUGACUACGAUUACUCGACCAUUUACCCUGCCUUGUACACUUACAAAAUACUUAACAAUUCAAUCUACCAUCAUUACACGAUUAACUAUACAAUAAUCAUAAAUUGACAGAAACAAGUAAUAUCACUCUUCAUGCUCCCUCCAAACAGUCUAAAUAUCAUUCAACGCGUUCAAUUUUGCCAAAUAAUAUUUAAAAAAAACUAGUGAAUAGUAAAACGGUUCAUUGUGAAAUUCGCUUAUGACUUUUAUAGAAAGCUUUACGCUCAUUAUUUAUUUAAAAAUUAUUAUAUAUUUGUACAUUUC